AUGCCUCCACAGCAGGGCGAAGUAUCUCUCUUGACACUCUUCGCAGAUGUCCAUUACUACAUCUCCCCACCAACCCAGAACCCCCCGCAUCAUCGCUUCGACAAAGGCUCCUAUGUCUACCUUUACCAUAAUCCUAUGCGUCAGAGCGGGCGCAUAGAAGUAGCAAACCAUGCAGGCACACCUAUUCAGGAUGCCUUUGCCGGUCAGCUGGAUGCAGUGAAGAUCGAGCAAACAUACAAGCACCCGUGCUUGUUCACCCUCACGGUCGACGCCUUCCAGACUCACAGUGGCAACGCGAGCCCGCACCACGACACAUCACAGUGGCAUCUGCCUACACCAGAUCCCUCGAACCAGGGCAAAUACAUGUACCGGCUACACACUGUGGAUUUGUACUUUUGGACGCCGGAAGAUGCGAGCCUGUUCCUCGACUCUAUUCGCAGAGUAUUGCAACCGCAUCAGUUGCAGAUUACGCGCAACACCAAUGCCACUCCGACACACUCCGAGCACAAGAACGAUGCCUUGAGCCCAGUAAUCGCGAGGCUGGAGAGUGCAGCCAUAUCACAUACAAGUCGGAGCCAAAGCGUUAGCACAACGCAAUCAUUUCCUGGCCCUCCAACCGCGCCUGCACCGACAUCGCCCCCUCCCAACGAGCAGCCACCCAACUACGCUCCAAUGGCAUACAACCCGGCAGCUCCAGCCGCGCCCGAGCCUAUCGCACAUCGCGAAAAGACACCGCCGCCCCCAGAUGCCAAUGACGGCACUGGUCUUGGAUCUGCCGCUGUGCAUGACCAGCAAUACGGCAACCCACUACAGGCCUCGUUUGCGCCUCAGCCGACAUCAGGAUCAUAUUUUCCAGGACCACCAGCACCAGGCCAGGGAUUCACUGGACCACCAAGCGUGCAGCGUACAAACACGACAGGAUCAGUGCCCAGUGCACCGCAAAGUCCGCCAUCGUUUGCACCACCUCCCUCUGCUCCUCCACCAGGUCAAUACAAUGGCCAUACCCCACCACCUCCAGCCAUGAAGCGAACAUCCACCAUGCCCGUUCAGCAGUAUGCCAACUACCCGAACUCGCCUGGCUUCCCUCCCGCUCCCCAAUCGCCUCCAGCACAUUCCGCUGUACCAUCUCCUGGAUUCCCUCCACAGCAAUAUCAGCCAAUGGCCUCCCCGGGUUACGCGCAAUACCAGUAUGGCAGCACAACAGCUCAGCCGCAGGGACAAAAUUUGCAUCAACAGCUUUACAGACCAACUGAGACGGAAGCCGCAGUGCAAGACCACGAGAAUCCCAAUGCGCCGCAACGCAACUCCAACAUCGGAAAGCGGGUAGAUAAAGUGGAGAAGGGCAUUGGCAGUUUUUUGAAAAAGUUGGAUAAGAAGUUCUAG